AUGGACCGACGAAGCAACUUCGAAUUAGGCGAGAAGAGUGGCCAGGUUCCUGUCUGGAGAAAGAAGCACGAAUUUGACGAUCCGGAGUGCUUAGCCCCUACCUUCAAGAGUGGGCGAUCCCCACAAAUGGUCUGGGGCGGCGUCAUCCACGAUCAGAAGACCGAACUGGCCCUUUUCCAAGAAAUUGGUGGCAAUGAAAGAAGUUGCAGGAGGAAGUCUGAGGACUUCAUUGAGCUCGAGCUUGGCAUCAAGAAGUUGGAUUGGCCAGCGCAAUCUGCUGAUCUCAACCCUGUCGAGAACUUGUGGCGAAAGAUGAAGGCCCGUGUCAGUGCAAAGUUCGAGAGACAUCGAGGCGGCCGUACAGGAAAGUCGAAAGUCGUCAGCAAAGAGAACGGUUAUACUGGCGAGUCACCUCCUUUUGCUGGUCCAUCCACCGCAGUCGUGCCCCGCGGUUCGUCUGCACACUCAUUCGGGACGGUCUCAAAACCGGUGAAUGAGAAGACCUUGACCGCAAGACCGGAGGAGUAUUUUGCUUACUUGUACGUCAUACUGCAAGACAUCGAACGUUAUAACAGCGGUCAACUCGGACGCGUAGGGGAAGUUUACACCGAGCCCAGCAAACACCGGGCGUAUAGUGUGAUCAAAGACUUGCCAGAGUGUGACGUCCUUAAUCGACGAUACAGGUCGCGUCUCGUGAGAAGGAUCGUUGAUGUCGUUACCGAAAGUUCUCCGGCACGAUCCCUCGUCGUAGAUCGUUUGUCACUUCCAUUCUUGCGUGUAUUCUCCCUGGUGCCAACCUACCAUUUCAGACAUGUAACCAUCGAUAUGCAGACCCUUCGAGCCAUCCUUAAUCGCAUCAACUUUCCUUCACCUCCACUCGACCAAGCCGAUUGUUCUUUGGCAGGCAUUUUCAAUUUCUGUAACAUUCGCUAUGAUAGCCAUAAUGAAGAUCUGCAAGAGCCCGAGGAGUUAUUCACCAAUGUUGUCCGUGCCGAGCGAUUGAUUUUGUGUUCGCUCGUCGAAGAUACGAAGCAUUACCAAAUUUGA